AUGUACACGGAAAUAAGUAGAUACAAAGCCAGUGGUGGAUAUAGGGGUGGCCGUGGCUCCUGUUUGAGCUUUAGUCGUAUUAAAAACCAGCAGCUUGUCUUCAUGCAAAAUAAGAUGUACAUUGAACACAAUAAAAACGUGUCGCUGGGUGAUAAGUUCAAGUCUGUUGCCAUUGUCACCGCUGAUCGUAAUAUCUAUAAAAAAGCUCAUGAGAGUAUCUGCACUUCAUUGAAACCAUUAUGCAGUGACGUAUGUGUUACGUCAUCAAGAGGCAGACGUCGUUGUUUGUGUCCUCACGGGUUUGUCUUGCGGUAUGGUUAUCUUUGUAUAAAAGCGAUUUGUGUGAGCGAACUGGUUACAAUACAUACAAAUGCACAUGUAGACCUGGCCGAAUUCUCUCACAAAACAAUGAGACGUGUACAGGGGCUUUUUCUUCUUUGUUGUCCCAAAGCCUACAGACCUCAAAUUUUGGCGAAUUUCAAUGUACCACUACCGAAAUCUGAUACGGUUUUGCGUGAAGACAUUAAAACUUUAAAAAAUGAAAUAAGUGAAACAUUUUUAAACAACGUUAGCAAGAAAUUAGAUUUAACUAAGAAACAAAAGCCGGAAUACAGAACACCCAUUGAUAAAGUUUAG